GCAACGAUGGAAGAUUGUCUGAGCGCUUCUGAGUGCACUGUCACAUUUGUACCCGAGUCAUCUCAAGUUCUGUUCAACGGGGCCGGGCGCCCUCGCUCUCGUUGUGACAUGUUUUGGAAAGAUGAAUAUGGAUGUAACCGUGUGGUCCUACUGUGUCUCGGACUGCUGAAUAUCACUCUGCUGAUAAUUGCAGUUGUUCUUGGAAUUAACUGUGUCUCAGCCCAACAGAUCUCCUACCCAAAUUCCCAUCCAGCUUCCGUUCAGCUCAUGAAUGAGCUGAAACAUCUCCUUAGCAACCACAGUGAUGUGAUGAAGGCUGAACAAGAGGCCCGGAAUGAGUUAAAGCAAGCAACCAAAAAGCAUGCAAAACUUAAGGUGAAAAUUGACAAGCAGAGGACCGUGAAUGACUGUUAUCAGAGACAACUUGAGAGUCUGCGCAAGGAAAGAAAACACCUGCAGGCCAACGUGACAACUUUGGAGGGGACCUGUGGCAAAUGCCCUCAGGAAUGGAAUUUUUUCAACAACUCUUGCUAUUUCUUCUCUUUGACGCAAAAGAAAACCUGGAUGGCAAGCCGAGACUACUGUAUCAGUUACGGAGGAAAUCUGGUUGUGAUAGACGACCAAAAUGAGCAGUCAUACGUGAGUCACAUAAUUAAAUCUUGGUACAGCGGAGUGUGGAUCGGCCUCACUGAUAUGACAUCAGAGGGAAAAUGGCUUUGGAUUAACAACGUCACAGAAUUGGAGCAAAGGUACUGGAUACCUCGGCAACCUGACAACUCCGGCCACUGUGCGGUUACUAUCAGUUCCCCAACUGCACCAUGGCAGACUCGCUACAGCGAAAAUUGCAGAACGCUGUUUGUCUGGAUAUGUGAAAUGGCACCAAAAUAGAAUACACAAAGAUAUUGUGAUAUUCAUACGAAAUAAAACGUGAUUCUGAGUACUCUUCAAUUCAUGAUGUUAACCAAGGUUCAACUAUGCUAUUGUCUUGUAACUUAGCCAAGACAAGACAUUAACAAGCAUUAUAAAUACAUUACACAUCUGUUUCUAUAUGCCUUGAAGUGAUUCCUCCAAAGUCCCAUCGAGGAAUAUUUGUUGACUUCACAAACAUGGAAUAAAAAAAUAAAAAUAAAUCAAUAAAUACAACGUACACUCCAUGUAAGUCCAUAACUAAAUAAAACAACUCCCCGACAGUUUGUAGAUAAGUUUGUGAGGUAAGCAGGUAAAAAUGAAUGCGUAAUACCUUCAAAAUGUGUAGUACAUUAUGUCUUUAUGAUUUGAACUUGUGGGAAUAUUACAUAAACCAUCUCAGGCCCUGAGAAGCUCAGCUUAGUGGUCUCCUGCCGGUUCCCAGAGUCAAGACUAAAGACUGUGAGGCUGCGUUUCAGUUUCAUGCCGGCAGAAUCUGCAACAGUCUUCCAGAAGAUGUGCGACAAUCCCCAACUUGCGUAUGAUUUGUGCUUUGUAAAUAAACUAAUACAUCGUUAAAGAAAUGCUGCUGUUU